GGUUAUUGCUUUUCACGUUUAGAGGAAUUUUCCGCUUUUUGGACGACUCGGAACUUCUUAUCAUUUCCAAGCGAAGGAAAACAGAGAGGAGAAUAAAGGGAUAGGAAGAAAAUAUAUAUAAAAUAGAAAGAAGCAUUCCAAUAAAAUCAGAUUUGGGCUAAAUUUAUAUGCUACGUUUCAUCGAAAUUUCAGGAGGGCAUACACAUUUACUAUAAACUUUUUGAAAGGAUAAGGUCAGAAUAAUGUGGGCAGCAUCGUGCCUUGCUACUUGCUGUGCUUCAUGUGCAUGCGAGGCAUGCAAGUCAGUGGCUGGAGGGAUUACGCGUCGAUCUGCUCGAAUUGCAUAUUGUGGCCUGUUUGCACUUUCUCUUAUUAUUGCAUGGAUCUUAAGAGAGGUUGCUGCACCACUUAUGGAAAAAAUUCCCUGGAUUAAUCAUUUUGCUCAUACCCCUAGUAGAGAAUGGUUUCAGACAGAUGCUGUUCUGCGUGUGAGCCUAGGCAACUUUUUGUUCUUUUCAAUAUUUGCUCUUAUCAUGAUUGGAGUUAAGGACCAGAGAGAUACUAGAGAUAGCUGGCACCAUGGUGGAUGGAUGGCAAAAAUCAUAGCAUGGUGUACUCUAAUAGUAUUGAUGUUUUUCAUUCCCAAUGGUGUUGUUGGAUUUUAUGAGACACUAGCGAAAUUUGGUUCAGGAUUGUUUUUGCUGGUUCAAGUUGUUUUACUGCUGGACUUCACUCAUAGAUGGAAUGAUGCUUGGGUUGCUAAGGAUGAACAGUUCUGGUAUAUAGCAUUAUUCGUUGUCUCUCUUGUCUGUUACAUCGCAACGUUUUCAUUCUCAGGAUUACUCUUUCAUUGGUUUAAUCCUUCAAGCUAUGACUGUAGUCUCAAUACGUUCUUCAUUGUUGUUACAUUGGUUCUUGCAUUUGUAUUUGCUGUGGUUGCUCUUCAUCCUAAGGUGAAUGGAAGCCUCUUGCCAGCUUCGAUAAUAUCAGUGUACUGCUCAUACUUGUGCUACAGUGGGCUUUCAAGUGAACCCAGGGACUAUGAAUGCAAUGGUCUUCAUGGCCAUGUAAAAGCUGUUUCAACAGGCACUCUCAUACUUGGAAUGCUUACGACAGUUUUAUCAGUGGUCUAUUCUGCUGUUCGUGCUGGUUCUUCAACUACAUUACUCUCACCUCCAUCAUCCCCAAGAGCAGGUUCUGGGAAGCCUUUGCUCUCACUUGAUGAGAUAGAGGAGGGACAAAAGGACAAGAAGAAAGACGAAGUGAAGCUUGUCACAUAUUCAUAUACUUUCUUCCAUAUUAUUUUUGCUCUUGCCAGCAUGUAUUCUGCUAUGCUUUUAACUGGUUGGACAAGCUCAACAAAAGAUGGUGAAAAACUCAUUGAUGUUGGCUGGUCAUCAGUUUGGGUGCGUAUUGGCACCGAGUGGAUCACGGCUGCUCUGUAUAUUUGGUCCCUGAUUGCUCCCAUUGUAUUUCCAGACAGGGAGUUUGUUUGAUGUUCCACUGUUUUAAAACUGCAUGAUAUAGUAAGACGAGCUGGAAGUUCAUAUAUGAACUAACUUGAUAAAGGCCUGUCUAGCUCAAGUGUCUUUUCAUUAAACAAUAUGUCCAUAAAUUUACAGGUUUCACAUACUUGUGAUGUAUUGAGACCCUAAUUUACAGGUUUCUUAUUCUAUUUCUGGACAUUUUUAGAUUGUAA